AUGGGCCCUACCAGGAAAUCUAGAAGUGUAAAUAAGAGGUUCUCUAAUAUUCGUGAGGCUGCAUCUAGUAAAGAUAAAGAUGCACCAAAUACUGGCAAGAACAGACAGAAGGCCAGUCAUGGUAUUCAGAAGAAGAGAAAAUUGGCGGACAUGUUAGGACCACAAUGGAGUAAGGAGGAACUUGAAUGUUUCUAUGAAGCUUACCGUGAACAUGGGAAAGACUGGAAGAAGGUUGCUCUUGCAGUACGUAAUAGGACCAUGGAAAUGGUAGAAGCCCUGUACACUAUGAACAGGGCAUACUUAUCUCUUCCAGAGGGCACUGCUUCUGUUGUUGGACUGAUAGCAAUGAUGACUGAUCAUUAUAGUAUACUGGGAGGAAGUGACAGUGGAAAAGAAAGCAACGGAGAUGCAGAAAUAUCUAAAAAGUCUAAAAAACGUCCACGGGGAAAGCAAAAUGACAAUAAAGCAGUAGAUGAACACUUUUCAGAUCAUUCUCAGCCACAUUCUGUUGCAUCAGAUGAUGGUUGCCUGUCAUUGUUGAAGAAGAGGCAUUCUGGAAUCAGACCUCAUGCUGUUCGAAAAAGGACUCCCCGUGUCCCUAUUUCAUAUUCUAUUGGCAAAGAUAAUGGGGGAAAGUUUUUUUCAUCUGCACGGCAGGACUCCAAACAAAUGGCUGAUACAAAUGAUGUCACUCAUAAAAUUGCAUUAGCAUUGGCAGAGGCUUCACAACGAGGUGGUUCAUCAAAAAAUAUUGGAUCGUCAAACAAGAAAAACAUGCCAUCACCCAAAUUGAAAAUUGGGAAGAAGCAUGUUAAAUUAGAAAUAGUUGGAGCCAAGUUUGGCAACUCUAACAUGGAUGAGAGUAGUUCUGAGUUGAGUUUAGGAAGUACAGAAGGUGAUAAUGGAGAAUAUUCUAGAAAAAUAAUUUAUCGGAGGAGUAGUGAAAAUCCUGGAAGAGAAAGGAAUCAGGAAAAGGGAAUAAAACACUACAGAAAGAAUUUAAAACCCGAGGAAAAUAUGAACAAGCAUUUGACUGACCUGAAGGAGGCCUCCAGUGGGACCGAUGGUGGUAAAAACCAGAGUUCCUUCAAGUCUAAUUUUGACAUAGAUUUUCCAAAUGCAAAAAGUGCAAGGUCUUCUUACAAGGGUCCCAGAAAGAAAAGUAAAAAACUACUUUUUGAGAAAGAUGAAAGUUCGGCUUUCGAUGCUCUGAAAACUUUGGCUGAUCUAUCUUUAAUGAUGCCUACAUCAAACCCAGACACUGAAUCAUCUGUGCAGUUCAAUGAAGGAAAGCAUAAUAUGGUUAAUGAGUCUAAAAUGGAAACAGAUAAUGGAAACAGUUCCAGUAAAUCCGGCAAGAUUUUUUCUGAUAAAGGAGCUGCUGCUCCCAAAGCAGAGGGAGCAUACCAGCUUACUGCAGGAAGCAGGAAAAGAAAACAAAAAUCAACUACCUUAAAAAUUGAUGAAACACAUACCGGUUCUCAUAUAAGUGGUUCCCAGAAAUUCAAGGUUACUGAUGAGGUGAAGAAGUCCUUGGUUAAAGGCAAGCGAUCAUCUGUCAGUACUGCUCAUUCCAGACAAUUGAAAAUGGUGACAUCCCUAGGAAAUAUGUCUUCAAAUAUUAUUGACAAAGCAGAAAGGGAUGGCUCAUCUUUUUCCCCUAUAAAAGUUUUGUCUACUAACCAAGUCGGUCAAGUAAGCAGAGACCGACCUAGAAGAAAGAUGGAAAAACCAAGACCAAUGGUACAAAAAGAUCAAAGAGUGUCUGAAAAAUCCAUUGCUUCUUACUGGUGGAAUAGUAUUGAACGUCACAAGGGAAAGCUUAUUAAUUGUCUGUCUUCAUAUCAAAUGCGGCGAUGGUGCACCUCUGAAUGGUUUUAUAGUGCUAUUGAUUACCCAUGGUUUUCAAAGAGAGAGUUUGUAGAGUACUUAGACCAUGUUGGACUGGGUCAUGUUCCCAGAUUGACUCGUAUUGAGUGGGGAGUCAUUAGAAGUUCUCUUGGUAGACCACGAAGAUUUUCAGAGCAAUUUUUGAUAGAAGAAAAACAUAAACUUAAUCAGUACCGGGAAUCUGUCAGAUCACAUUAUGCUGAAGUUCUUGCUGGUACCAAGGAAGGCCUGCCUGCUGAUUUGGCCCAGCCAUUAAUUGUUGGGCAGCGAGUAAUUGCUAUUCAUCCAAAGACAAGGGAGGUUCAUGAUGGCAGUAUACUGACUGUUGACCAUUGUAGAUACAGGGUUCAGUUUGACCAGCAUGAACUUGGAGUUGAGUUUGUCAUGGAUAUCGACUGCAUGCCUUUGUAUCCAUCUGAAAAUAUGCCCAUGUCUCUGAUAAGACACCAUAUCUCUCCUGCUAGAAUAAAUGAGAACCUUAGUGAGCUUACACAUAAUGGAAAAAUAGGUCGCAAAAAGAUCUCCGAGCAUACAAUAUUGUCCUCAAGUGAGAACUCAGAUGCCAUAAAUGUUCGCUGUGUACCACCCGCAUUACAUGUAAGCAGUACUUUAUUAAAGCACGGGUUUUCUUCAAGCUGCAAAUCACAAGCAAAAGUUGCGGGCAGUGAGAUUUGUAAUGGCCAAUCAGUAUCAAGUUCUCAGUCUUCCUUUCUUGAACGAGUCCAUUCAAAAGAAGCUGAUAUAUUAGCUAUUACAGAAUUGACCCGUGCUCUAGAAAAGAAGGAACUUGUGUUGUCUGAACUGAAGCACAUGAAUGAAGGGGUAUCAGAAAGCCAGAAAUGCGGAGACAACUCGGUGAAAGAUUCAGAACCUUUUAAAAGGAGUUAUGCUUCAGUGCUAAAGCAAUUAACUGAAGCAAAUGAACAGGUUUCUUCUGGCUUGUUUUGCUUGAGGCAACGCAAUGCAUAUCAAGCAAGUUCCUCAGUUUUGUCAUUGAAGCCCAUGGCAAAUCUCGAUGAUCCUGGCGGUCAGGCUAGCUCUUCCAAUUGUUCAGCUUGCCACAACCAAGAAUCUAUAUCUCAAAAUCAUAUAGCUGAAAUUGUUGAAAGUUCUAGAAGGAAAGCCCGGACCAUGGUUGUUCAAGCUACUCAGGCAAUGUCAGUUUUUACGAAGACCGAAAGUAAGGUUGAAAGAAUUGAGGAUGCAAUAAAUUUUAUUAAUAACCGGCUUUCAGUUGAUGACCCUACCGCUUCAGUCACUAGUUCUCUGCCCAUAGAUUCUAUUACUUUGGCUUCCCGGGAUCAAUUGAAUGCUAGCAGCACAUUAAACAUUUUGGCAAGGUGUCAUGUACAAGAUGAUGAACUUAACAGUACAUCUGACCAAAAUGAAUUGAAAAUUCCCUCAGAACUCAUAUCUCAUUGUCUAGCAACACUGCUCAUGAUUCAGAAGUGUACGGAACGACAAUUUCCCCCUGCUGAUGUUGCACAGGUAUUAGAUUCUGCAGUCUCCAGUUUACAGCCAUUUAGUUCAAAGAAUCUUCCAAUAUAUGGUGAGAUACAGAAAUGUAUGGGCAUCAUAAGAAAUCAGAUAUUGGCACUCAUACCUACCUAG